AAAUAGCGGAAUACGUAGACGUUAUUUUAGUACAGCCGCUAAAUUUGAGUGUUAGCGGUUGGAAUUUAGCAGAGAUGAUAAAGGUGCUUAAGCAAUCAGCCUGUCCUACGCCCUCUAAUAAAUUAAUUCGAUGCCAAUUUUCAGAACCACUCAAAUUGAAUUCCAUUUUGUCUUCAAGUUUUCUCCUCCAUUUAUCCAAUACCAGUUCCAAUCUUAGCUCCAGUGCUUCUCUCAAGUGCUUUUGCACCAAAGAUGAGAAUACCCAUCAAGUUUCUUCUCAGAGCUUUUCGGCACUUGCAGAAGAUAACAUUCCAUGGGACAGUGGAGAUGUCUGGACCACUACGGCAUUUUAUAUGUUUAGUUUGCACAUUCCUUUGAGUUUUGGAUGGAUGUCCGUGGCUGCUCAAAUAUUGCAACAACCUAAUCUUGAUCCACAAACUGAGGCAAUAGCACUGCUUAUAGCUCAGAUUAUAGAGGUUGUUGCAAGUUUUCUUCUACUACAGUUCACCGCUAAGCCGCCAUAUAAAUUUACGAAUUUCUUCGGAGGUUACAAGUCAUCUGCAGAAAGGAACUAUUUAUUGGCAUCAGCUAUAGGAUUUGGGUUUCUUCUUGCACUGGUUUUCUUCACAUCUGUACUUGUGGACGGAGUCAUAGAACCCAAGAUGGUAAACAACCCUGUACUGAAAGAAAUACUUGUGAGCAGCAACAUUUCAAAAGCCGCUUGUGUCCUUGUAUACUGCGUCGUUACUCCCUUGCUGGAAGAAAAUGUCUACAGAGGAUUCUUAUUGAGGUCACUUUCGUCGACGAUGAAAUGGCAGCAAGCGGUUCUCGUAAGCUCGGCGAUUUUCAGUGCGGCUCACCUUUCCGGGGAGAAUUUUUUACAACUAUUCAUCAUUGGUUGUAUCCUUGGAUGCUCUUACUGUUGGACUGGAAACCUAUGUUCUUCUUUUCUCAUUCACUCCCUCUACAAUGCUUUGACAUUAGCAAUAACUCUCUUAUCUUAAUCUUUCCUGUGUAUUCUAACUCACAAUGAUGUUCGUGACAAAAUAAGACGUACAUAUUGGUUUCAACUUUCAAAAGAUCUAUAACUUACAAUUACU